AUGACCGGAAACGUACCUGCCCCAACCUUCCCCAUUGUGCUGCGCUACCAGGACCAGGAUGUGCGUACGUUGAUCGAGUCGAGGAAGCCUGUGUACGUCGCUGUGGAGGCAAUGAACUGGCAGCCGCUGCCCAUGACACCGAGCGCGGACUCCUUCUACGCGCUACUUGAGCUCCCGCCCGGCAACCACAACUACCGCUUCCUUGUCAAUGGGAUGGAGGUCGUGGACAGCACGCAGCCGCUGACACCGGGGACGGCCUCGUCAAACGCGCCCGUCCCCCCGCAGACUGUGCAGAUGCCCGUCGGUUUAGCAGUGACGCAGCCGCUGCCGAAGCCAGUUCCGGCCCGUGACGGCAAGCCGGCGAACACUAUCUUCCUGAACGACGUGCUGCUGACGACAAAGGAAGACGACGACAUCAUGGACAAUGGGGAGGGCUGGGGCCAGGAGCCGAUCAUGUUCGAGGAGUCCCGAAAGUACCCACCGAUUGUGCCACUGCACCUGCGGUACACCCCUCUCAAUACCCCACCCACGCUCGUGCGCUGCUCCCGCGACGGUCGCAUGGCGGUUAUGGACGCUAGCGCAGAGCACAGCUUCCGCGUGCCGCCGGAGCACCUGCCCCUGCCGCUUAGCGUCACGAUUAACCACGUGUACUUCCAGCGCCGCGAGGACCACGCGGUCAUGGGCGUAACGACGCGCUACUGCAACAAAUACACGACGGUGGUCUACUAUUCGCACCUGCCAGCGAACCCGGUCGGUCCCUUGGAGACACUGAAGGCAUAG